AUGAGUUUGGCAAUACGGUUUAUCGAGAGGAUGGUGGAGAGGAAUAUUGUUUCAUGGGAUUCUCUUAUUACAGUUCUUCUUCAAAAUAGUUUAUACCUGGGUGCUCUUAAGAGUUUCGUUUUGAUGGGGCAGGAAGGAAAGAAACUUGAUCAAUCAACUUUUGCAUGUUCCUUAAGUGCAUGUGCUAAUCUUGCUGCUUUUGCAAGUAGUUGCUUAGUUGACUUGCUUGGCCGCAUGGGUAGAUUAGAGGAAGUGCUCGACAUAGUGAAAGGGAUGAAAUUGAACUCAAAUGCCGGAGUAUGGGAUUCAUGGCCCGCGGUUUAUCGUGUACACAAGAGCAUGGAACUUGGUGAAAUUGCAGCUAUGAAGCUGUUAGAACUCAAACCACAUAAUACCUCUAAUUAUAUUACUUUCUCACACAUGCUUGAUGAGGCUGGCAGGUGGGAAGAAGUUGAAAGAUUAAGGGUGCUAAUGAGGGAGAGAAGGAGCCAAAAAACCCUAAUUUUUUAG